AUGGUUUUUAAAAUGUUUAAGGUUUUAAGCAUAGUUUUAGUUGUUUUAUCAAUAUUUUUAACAGUAAUGGGACAUCCGUUACAUCAAGAAGAUUUAGAGGCUGCAGCAACUGGUGAUGAUCAUCAUGGAAGGGUUCAAAUUAAAGUAUACCGAGGACCGUCAGAGCACAGUGGACAUGAUUAUUUUGCUCCAUGGGGUUAUUGGGUGAAACAACCAGCUGAUCACUAG